AUGUCUACUGGUAAACCUAAAGACAACGAUUUUCAGCUUUCUGUAGUGCCGGGAAUGUCGAAACCGCCGCUACCGCCAUCGUCAAAUGCGAUUGUAGAAUAUACUCCUCCUGUUUUUAAGGAGGAAGAAGAGGAUUUGGAAAUUAAGCUCCGACGGAUUAUCGACAAUGUUCCGGUUCGUGUUAGCAAUACCUCCGGUAGUUCUGCUGGUUCUGGCUCCGGCGAUUUCCACCAGUAUCGGCAGAUGAGGCGCAAGGAGCAAGAUCGACUUGCUAGGAUGGACGUUGAUUAUCAGAGAAGGAAAGAACUGGCGGAAUUUAAUAUGAGAAGAGAGGAAAGGUUAAAAGCUGCUGAGGAACGCACAGCUAAGAAACGUGCAAAACGUCAAAAGAAAAAGCAAAAGAAAAAGGAGAAAAAAAUCAAAACAAAUGAUGGAGAACAGCAGCAAAAGAAAGAAGAAUCUUCAGAUGAUGGGGAUUCUGAUAACAAUGAGGAGGCUUAG